AUGAGUCCCAGCACCAACGGCACUAACGGUGCCACUAACGGCGCCUCCAAGCCCGCCGACAGAUUUGACCCCAACUUCACAAGCCAUGUCAUUGGCCUCAUGAGCGCAGAGACAAAGCCCAGACACCGUGAAAUCCUCACCUCUCUCAUCACACAUUUGCACGACUUCUGCCGAGAGGUCGAACUCAAGCAGGACGAAUGGAUUGUCGGUGUCAACUACGUCAACGCCAUCGGACAGGCCUACAGAAAGAACCGAAAUGAGGCAUGGAGAGUCUGCGAUAUCUUGGGUGUUGAGUCCCUCGUCGAUGAGAUCAACCACAAGAUUGUCACUGAGAACAACCUGUCGCCCACAUCUUCCACCAUUCUGGGACCUUUCUGGUCGCCCGAGACUCCCUUCAGGGAGAAUGGCGACAGCGUCGUCCUGAACAUGCCCAAGGAUGGCCAGCUCACCUACUUCCACGGUGUCAUUCGGGACGCCGAGACCGGCAAGGGUAUCCCCAACGCCGUGUUCGACAUGUGGCAGGCCAGCACCAACGGCAAGUACGACGUCUUUGACCCCGAGAACCAGGAGCGCCACAACCUCCGCGGCAAGUUCCGCACCGACGCCGAGGGCAAGUUCUGGUUCUACUGCCUGUACCCGACCGAGUACCCCAUUGACACUUCGGGUCCCUCGGCCGAUCUGCUCAAGAUCAUGGGCCGCCACCCCUGGCGCCCCGGCCACAUCCACUGCAUGGUCACCCACGACGACUUCAUCGGUGUCACUGCUCAGCUCUACUCGAGGACCGACCAGUACCUCGAGACCGACACCGUCUCGGCUGUCAAGGACGAUCUGCUCCUCGACUUCAAGCCCAUUCAGAACGAGCCCAAGGGCGCCGUUCUCGAGGUCGAGUACGACAUUCGCCUGCUGCCCAAGAAGUACAAGCCUGAUUCUACCAUGUUGAUGGAGAACGCCAACCAGGACAACUUUGAGGCGUAA